AUGCUAUUCUACUUAACAACAUUGAAUCUUGUGAGAUUCUUGAAAGAGGAUCAUCCCACUGUUGGAGAGGACGAAGUAGAUGUGCAAACUCAACAUGUAGUUGAGGCAUGGAAGCAUGUUGAAUUCCUUUGUAGGAAUUAUAUUCUUAAUGGCUUGUCUGACUCACUGCAUAGUGUGUACAGUGUGAAGAAAACGACUAAGGAAUUGUGGGAGUCUUUGGACCACAAGUACAAAGUCGAAGAUGCUGGAGCCAAGAAAUUCUUUGUUGGCCAAUUCUUGAACUUCAAGAUGGUGGAUUCCAUAAAUGUGAUAAGACAAGUGCAAGAUCUUCAGUUGAUUAUCCAUGGAAUAUAUGCUGAAGGGAUGAUCUUGAGUGAGUCUUUCCAAGUAGCUGCUAUUAUAGAGAAGCUACCCCCUGCAUGGCUAGACUUCAAAAAUUAUUUGAAGCAUAAGCGAAAGGAAAUGACUGUUGAAGAUCUCAUUUGCAGACUUCGUAUUAAAAAGGAUAACAAAAGUGCUGAGAAAAAGGCUAAUAUGGUGGAGCAUGAAAAAGGCUCCAAGGGGAAGAAGCCUAAGCCCAAGACAUGGUCCAAACUAGGACCGAAAGGUGGAAUUUUAAAGAAGCCAAAAUUCCAAGGGAAGUGCUUUAAUUGCAACAAGACGAGACAUAAAUCGUCAGAUUGUAGACUAUCGAAAAAGAAAGGAAAUGAGGUCAAUGUUGUGGGAGCCAUGUCCAAAGAGAUCGCUGACCUAGACCUAUGUGAUGCGGUCUCUGAAAUAAACCUAGUGGAUUCUAAUCCAAAGGAACGGUGGCUCGUUACUGGAGCUACUCGUCAUGUCUGUUCGAACAAGUCUGCCUUCUCCGACCUUACUUCGGUGGAAAAUGGGGAUAAUAUCUACAUGGGCAACUCGGAAACCUUUGAAAUAAAAGGGCAGGGUACUGUGUACUUGAAAAUGACGUCUGGAAAGAGUGUCAAGCUGUAG